AUGAAGACCAUGAAAAGAGGAUUAGCCCACAGACUGUCUGGGAGACUGCGACACUAUGGGACACCUGUAUCUUGGAAUCAACCAAGGACAAACCAUCCUCACUGGAUUGCUUACGUGGUUUUCUCAACUUUCAGCACUAACAACUCAACAGUGUUUCUUGUAUCUCCUGAAGACUGCCACUGCCGCCGCAGCAGCAGCAGAGGAUCAGGUCUGGUGGUGGUAGAGAGCUCUUGGCUGCCUCCGAGCCGCUGUUUCCCCUGGGCUGUCGCGAGGCUCCUGUCCCCCUCCAUCUCCCUGCAGCUGGAGCUUGAGCAGAGCCAGAUGCUCCAUGGCUGCACCACCCUCUGUCGCCCCUCUCCCUCUCUCCAACAAGACCGUGCCCAGAGAGGGGGAUGA